AUGCAAUACCCUCUGGUAAAGGGCUUCGAGCAAAGCCUUUCGUCCCUUCAAGGUCUGGGGUUGCCCCUUCUAGUCACCCUGCCGUAUGGACUAGAGGCCCUCGAGCCGGUCAUCUCGGCAGCGACUGUGGAUUUCCAUUACAAUAAGCACCACCAGGGUUACGUCCAGAAGCUCCUCGACGCCACUGGUUUGCCGGAAUCGCGAAUCAAUUUGAAGUCCCUGGUUACUCUGGGGCCUGACCGAGCUGGGGAGAAUGUGUUCAAUGCUGCUGGGCAGAUCUACAAUCACAAUAUGUACUGGUUGUCGAUGGUCCCAACUUCGGGCAGUGGACGACAUGUGCCUCCCCGUCUGUUGAAGCUGAUACGUGUUAGGUGGGGGAACGUUGAUAAGAUGAAGGAGGACUUCAUGCAAAAAGCGACGGCACUGUUUGGGAGUGGCUGGAUUUGGUUGGUGUUGGAUACCCGGGAGAGGCGAUUGGACCUCGUAGGGACGAAGGAUGCCCAUAGCCCCCUCAGUGAGGACCCUGGAAAAAUUCCACUCUUCACUUGUGAUGUAUGGGAGCAUGCUUACUACCUCGACUACCAGCACGACAGGGCAGCCUAUUUGAGGAAGUGGUGGAGUCUCAUUAACUGGGAGUUCGCAGAUUCGAACCUACCAAGUGAUAUCGAAUAA